CGACGCUUCUCCCCUAGGCGAGCGACGCGGUGGCGAGCGGCCCCGGCGGCCCUCUCCGAGGCGGCGUCGACCCCGGGGAGAACGGCCAAGAGCGGGACCGACCCGAGGCCUGGAAGCUGCAGUCCAGGAAGAGGACCCAGACCCUUCCCAACCGGAAGUGCUUCCUGUCCACCGCCAUCCAGGAGGGUCAGGGGGUCAAGGCGGAGAUCUUCGACAACGAGUUCUGGUCCCCCUCGCCCGACCCCAAGGCCGGCGGGGGACACAAGCGGACGUUGUCCCAGGAUCUGGGCGCCACCUCGGACUCGGGGUGGACUUCGACCCGCCGUCCCUCGUCCCCCCCGGCCGAGGAGGCCGCCGAGGGUCCCCGGGGGUCCCCGGGGGCUUCCCGGGGGCCCCCGGGGGGCUCCGGGGAGGACCCCCGGGAGGGAGGGGCCCCGGAGGAGGACCUGAACCGGCUCACCCUGCAACUGAGGAUGGAAAUCGAGAAGCAGAAAAAGGACUUCGAGGAGCAGAUUAAGGGCUUGCAGAAGGAGAACUUCGAAGUCUGGACCAAAGUGUUGCAUCUGACUCAGGAGACGAAAAAGGAGCGGGAGAAGCUGUCGGCUCUGGAGGCCAAGCUGCAGGACGCGGAGCGGGCCCGGGAGGAGGCCGAGAAGAAGAACAAGGUUCUCGAAGAGGAGAUGGAGAAGUUCCUCAAAUCCGCCCCGGCUCCCUGAUUUCCAGAGAUCCGGCCGGGAACCCCGAAACCCGGGCCCGAUCUCGUCCUCUUCCCCACCCUCCCCCUCCUCCUCCUCCUUUUCAGCGCGGCCUGGCGAAACGGUGAGGCCCAAUGGCUAGAACCCGGGCCUGGGAGCCGGGUUCUAAUAUCCGCUCCUCCACCCGUCCGCUGAGUGACCUCGGGCAAG